CCUGUUGUCUCUCCACGUAUUGCAGUGUAGAGAAGUAUGGACGAGUAAAUGGUAGAAUAAUGGUUUGGUUUAAACUAAUAUUAACAGCUGGCUGGGCUCUAGCCACAGCUCAACAACAACCUGCACAGGGUAGUCAACCUCCAUCCCCACAACAACAAUUCAAUCAGCCUUCCUCGCAGCAACAAAAUCAGCCACCUCCACAUCAACAACAGUUCAAUCAGCCUACUUCUCAACAACAAAAUCAGCCACCUCCACAACAGCAACAGCAAUUUAAUCAGCCUCCACCACCUCAACAGCAAUUCAACCAGCCUGCACCACCGCAACAACAGCAAUUUAAUCAGCCUGCACCACCCCAACAACAGCAACAGUUCAACCAACCUCCACCCCCGCAACAACAGCAACAAUUCAAUCAGCCACCACCCCAACAGAAACAACAGUUUAACCAGCAGCCUCAACAACAACAAUUUGCACAACCGCCACCUCAGCAACAGCAAUUUGCACAACCUUCACAACAAUUUGCACAACCUCUCCAGCAACAGCAACAGAGGUUUGCACCUGGAGUUCCACAAGGGCAACAACAGCAAAUGAGGCAACCCCCCCCUCCUCCUCAACAACAACAAUUUGCCCAACAAGGCCAACAACAGCAGAGGUUUGCUCCAGGUGUCCCUCAACAGCAACAACAGGUUCGCAUGGCUCCAGGAGUACCUCCCCAGCAGGGCCGGGGGCAACCCCCUCCUCCUCCUAACCAACCUCUACCCCCUGGUAUGACCCCGCAGCAGUUUGCUGCCCAGCAACAACAAGCUCAACCUCAGUUUCCUCCGGGUCAUGCUGCGAAUAUAGCUCCUCCUACUCCUCCCCCACCCCCGGCACAGGACGGACCUCUCGGCUCAGGAAACUGGUUGGAUUCAGCUCCAGGGAUUGCAAUGGAGUACAAGGUGCAUGUUGAUGCUGGUAAGGAGGAUUGUUACUGGCAGUAUGUACAUCCUGGGGCAACUCUCUACGUAUCCUACCAAGUACUUAAAGGUGGAGACGGUUCAAUUGGAAUGGCAGUCAGGGAUCCCAAGAUGACAGUUGUCCAUCCCUACGCUUGGAAAGCUAGCUCUGAGUACGAGGAAGAGUCUGCAGUGGGAGGAUACUACUCUGUAUGCCUGGACAACCAGUUCUCCAGGUUCUCCGCUAAGCUGGUUAAUCUCUACCUGACGACCUUCAGAUACGACGAGUGGGAGAAGUUUAGCCAGGAACUGCAGGAUAUGGAUAUCACGGUGGAGAACUUUACGAUGGCACUGAAGACCGUGGACCAAAGAAUCCAGAUAAUGCGCCAAUUCCAAACGAUGUCACGUGGUGCAGAAGCAAGAGACUUCAAUCUUAUUCAAGAUAAUUCAAGCUAUGUACAGACCUGGUCAAUUGCACAGUGCCUUAUAGUUAUUCUAUGUACUGUUGUACAGGUUUAUUUUGUGAAGAGCUUUUUCAAAGAUCCUCGGGAGAAAUCUGGAGCAGGGAUGAAAAUGAGAACGUAGUCCCUUUGUAAAAAUACUUUAUAUUCAUCUUCGGCAAAUUUUUUUUUAAAUAUGACUUAAAAACCAUUAUUUAACUUCCAGGAGAUAUAUUUCUUAGCUGACUCUCGACCGUAAAAUUUUCUUAUGCAAAUUUGAAUUUACAUUUGCUUUCAAAGUAUUAUUUAAGUUUAUUUUUACUGCAUUUUUUAAAAUGACCUUGUUUGAAAUUUGUCACAAAUCUGGCACAAAGCGAAAUUUGUUAUAAAAUGCUGAAUAUUUUUGUUCCUAUUUUGUAAAAUUUUGACAAACUUUAUUUAUCAGAUAAUUUGAUACUUUUAUCAACUAUUUCCUGUUAUUUAUCUGUUAUGAUGUUAUUUAUUUCAGUAGUUGAUGAUAAAUGCGUACUCUGCUAGUACACUUAGAUGGCUGUGCUGUCAUUUAAUUAAUAUAUUUUACAUUUUAAUAAUUGUAUCGAUUAAUAUUGUCCAUUAAAUAAAUCACAAUAAUAUAUUUAUAUACAA